AUGGGAGAAAGGAAGUAUGUUUGCGUGACGGAGACGGCGGCGGUGGGCACGGCCGUCACGGAGGUGGUGGCCGUCGACAGGGACAAGGGCGUCAACGGGGACAUUACGUAUUCCAUCAUCUCAGGUAACAUCGGGGGCGUGUUCAGCCUCCAUCCCUCGACAGGCAUCAUCACCCUGGUACGCCACGUGGACAGACAGGAGAUGCCCGAGUACUGGCUGGCGGUGCGGGGAAGCGACAACGGAUCGCCGCCCAAGCACUCGCACGUCAAUGUGAACAUCCACGUGAAGAUUGCUCACGGGGCUCCGCCAAGGUUCCUGAAGAGGGAGUACGUGUUCGAGGUGAGCGAGAAGGCCCACGUCGGCGACUACCUGGGUAUCGUGGAGGUGGAGAGCCGUCUUGGCGUGGUGUUCUCCCUCAACGUGGACUCCAGGCGGAUUCCCUUCGCCAUCAACCCUUCUACAGGAACCGUGUCCCUCGACGCCCCUGUGGACUACGAGAAGAGCCAGUCCUACAACUACACUGUGUUUGCGUCGUCGAUGAACGGACAGGAGUCAACAGCUCACCUGGUGAUCAAUGUCUUGGACGAGAACGACAACCCGCCAUACUUCACGCAGAGCAGCUACGUGGGCCACAUUUCCGAAGCGGCCGCAGUCAACUCAGUCGUCCUGAUGGAGGACAACACCCCCCUGGUCAUCUCUGCCAAGGACAAGGACUCUGACCAGAAUGCCAACCUGGUGUUUACCAUCUUGGAAGAGGAGGCGAGGAAGUACUUCGCCAUCGACUCCUCGACUGGUGCUAUAAGGACUGUGGGACCUUUGGAUCACGAGGUCGUAUCCAAGGUGACCUUCAGUGUUAAGGUUCACGACAACGGCCACCCGAGACUGUGCGCCUCGACCACUGCCACGGUCACCAUCACCAUCACUGACAUUAACGAUGUUCCCCCUCGGUUUCUGCUGCAGGAGUACAAUGCUUCCUUACUUGUACCCACCAAUGUUGGCGUGGCUGUUGUGCAGCUCAAUGCAACGGACCUCGAUUUUGAUGGCAAGGCUAAUUUGGAGUAUGAAAUAGCGGACGGAAAUAAAGACGGCAAGUUCAAGAUCAACUCGAAGACGGGGCUCAUUACCGUCAACGAAUCCAGUAACUUGGCCGGUUUUUAUCGACUAAAAGUGACUGUGAAUGACGGCCAGUUCGCCUCCAGCACCACGGCCAACAUCCACGUGGAACCGAUACCCAACACAGGCCUGAGAUUUAGCGAAGACAAGUACUUCGCGGCCGUGGAAGAGAACAGUACCCGCGUGGAUAAGGUGGUGAUGGUGCACGUCCUGGGCAGUGAGCUGAAUGAACAUCUGAAGUUCAGCAUCCUGAAUCCUACCGAGAUGUUCGAGAUAGGAGAGACUUCAGGCGUGAUCCAGACCCGAGGGAGGCCGUUUGACAGGGAGGUUCAGGAUAACUAUCUACUCAUAGUUGAGGUCCGCAGCAUCCUCCCGAGCGUCCCGGCCCGAGUGGCCCACGUGCAGGUCCACGUGGUGGUGACGGACCGGAACGACAACGCCCCGAUCUUCGUCAACAAGCCCUACUACGGCGUCAUCUCCGUCGACGCCAAGAAGAACCAAGUGGUGUUCAGGGUCCACGCCACCGACUUCGACGCCGACGAAAACCGCGAAGUCCGCUACGAGCUGCAGCGAGGCAACGGCGAGCUCUUCAGCGUCAGCCGGUCCACGGGGGAGAUCAUCCUCAGGCAGACGCUCGAGGGCCUCAAGAGCGAGUACGAGCUCAUCGUCAGCGCGUACGACGGAGGCUCUCCACCUCUCUCCUCCCAAGUCCCGGUGCGGCUGAAGGUGGUGGACAGAUCUCAGCCCAUCUUUGACCGGCAGUUCUACAGUGCCACAGUGGCCGAGGACGCAGACACUCACACGCCCAUCGUGACCGUCGUGGCCCACAGUCAGCUCAAUAGGAAGCUGAUAUACACCAUUGUGGGAGGAAACGAACACCAGACUUUUGCCAUGGAACAUGAAGAAGGUCUGAUCAGAGUGCAAGACGAUCUUGACUACGAGAGCCAGAACACUUACCAGCUGACAGUGCGGGCCACAGACAGCCACUCGGGCAAGUGGGCGGAAGUCGUGGUGUCAGUGCAGGUGAUCGACGUGAAUGACAACCCUCCAGAGUUCUUACAACACUUCUACAACGUCACGGUGUCCGAGGCAACAGCAAUCGCUACCCCCAUCCUCACCAUUACCACGUCGGACCUGGACACAGGACCCAACGCUGGCGUCACCUACAGACUAAUGGGACUCAAUGGAACUCUGCCUGACAACUUCUACAUGGAGGGAGACUCGGGCGUGUUGAUCCUGAAGCAGGGACUGGACAGGGAGACAGCUCCUGUUCACCACUUCCUGGUCCAGGCCAUUGACAAGGGGACACCGCCACUCUCGUCCACAGCACAUAUUUUAGUAACAGUGGUGGACAUGAACGACAACCCCCCAGUGUUCGAGCAGCAGGCACAGCGGUGUGUGAUAACAGAGGACGCCUCGAGAGGACACUUUGUCACCCUCGUCUCUGCCUCGGAUGAAGAUGUCAGUGAUGUCGACAAACUGACGUACUCCAUUGUCGAUGGGAAUGACAUGCAAGCCUUUGUCAUUGAGCCCACUACCGGCAUAGUAACCGUAUGGAACAACCAAAAACUCCAGGAGAGUAACCAACACAUCCUGAACAUAUCCGUGACCGACGGCGUCUUCACCGCCUACUCGAGGCUCGUGGUGACCAUUUCCCCCGUCAACGCCCGCUCGCCCACCUUCAGAGUGGCCCAGUACAACGCCCGGAUACAGGAGAACGUCAUCAAGACCACAGUCGCUCAAGUGUCAGCCCGAGACGACGAUUCGGGUCGCUAUGGAGACGUGACGUAUCAUUUCAUAGGAGACAAGGCUCACAGCUUCUUCAGAAUCAAUGAGAAUACAGGAGAGGUGUGGACAUCGAAGGUGUUUGACCGAGAGGAGAGGAAGGAAUAUUCAUUCACCGUUAUGGCCAUGGACAUCGGAGGCCGCACAGGGUUCACGACGCUGCACAUCACAGUCGACGACGAAAAUGACAAUAAACCCGUAUUUAAGCAGUCUGAUUACAAGGCCAUUAUCAGGUCCAACACAACUGCUAACACUGUUGUGUUGACGGUUUCGGCCGAGGAUCCCGACGAAGGAGAAAACGGGAACGUCACCUAUCAGUACCACAUGUCGACUCUGCCAGAUACCAUGGACGCCUUCACUAUCGAACCCACGACCGGGAAUAUUAUUCUGAAGAAAAACGCAAAUGAACUGGGGAGCUCAGAGUUCGAGUUCUUUGUCGAAGGCAGAGACAAGGGCAAAAAGUCCCUGCAUUCCAACGUCGCCGUGUUGCUUCGUAUUGUCGGGGUUGACGUCAAACCUCCGGAGUUUCUGUCCAGGAAAUACUCGCUCCCCGUGUCGGAGGAUACUCAGCCAGGAACGCGCAUUGGCGACGUUGCCGCCCGUUACGAUGGCGAACUUCAGUACGUGGUUGACUGGGGGGGCCACGAGGUUUCACCCCCGGUUUCAGUGUCUCCCAGUGGCACUCUUACCCUCACGGCACUCCUCGACCACGAAGAAACACAGCGCCUGUCCCUCAUCGUAACGGCCGUGCCCAUCGCUGAGCCCGAACUCGCCGCCAGCACGACAGUGGAGAUCGAGGUUCAAGAUGUGAACGACGAGGCCCCGGCGUUUGAGAGCGAGACCUAUUACGUGUCCGUCGCUGAAAAUACUCCCUCAGGUUCUAAUGUUGUUAAAGUAUUCGCUAAAGAUAAGGACACGGGGAGCAACGCUGAGGUCCGCUAUACCUUGGAGGAGCAGUCGCCCCUUCUGGAGGAACCUCUCUUCACCCUCGACCCCUACUCCGGCUGGCUGUCCCUCAACCAAGAGCUCGAUGCCGAGACCAAGUCCAAGUAUGAGCUCAAGGUGAUAGCCAAGGACAACGGGAGCCCUCAGCGCAGUUCAACGGCGACCAUAAUGAUUGACGUCAUAGAUUAUAACGACAAUCCUCCCCAGUUUGUGAAAGAUGAAUAUCGGUCAGCAGUGCGCGAGGAUGCACUCCCAGGCACGGUCGUCGUACAGCUCGAAGUGCAGGACUACGACCUGGGGGGAGGGGCGCUGGACGGAGAGGUAGACCAGGGUAUCAUCUACUACCUCACCGCCGGCAACGCCCUCCAGCACUUCCACGUCCGAAGCGGUGGUCAGAUCUACGUGGCCAAGAAGCUGGACCGGGAAGUGGUGGACCAGUAUGCCUUGGAAGUGACCGCUACUGACGGGGUGUUCGUGGCUAAGGCCUGGGUCUUCAUCGAGAUUCAGGAUGUUAAUGAUAAUGGUCCCAUGUGUACAACGCCCCUGUACCGCCACACCAUCAGCGAAGCAGCUCUCCCUGGCACCUACUUACUGAGAGUGACAGCCACAGACAAAGACCUGACUUCCCAACCACAGUUCUACGUCACAGGGCAGGGUGCAGGGAGCUUUGUCAUGGACCAGGAAACGGGACAGCUGACGGUCGCGAAACAGCUAGACAGGGAAACGCAGUCCCAGUUCUCGUUGAAGGCUAUAGUUAAGGACGGGACCAACGAGGAAUGGCAGUGCACGUGCCAGGUGGAGAUAGAGAUAACGGACGUGAAUGACAAUGCUCCUGUGUUCAGUAUGCCGAGUUACAGUAUUAACGUACCUGAAAAUUCCCCUGAGAACCUGCUCUUACUGAAGAUACAUGCAGCGGAUCCCGAUAAAGGAAUGAACAGGAAAGUGACCUACGGCAUAGAAGGAAACGAUAUAUUUUUGAUGGAUCGCCAGACAGGGAUCUUGAGUGUGACACAGAGCUUGGACAGAGAAAAGCAGGCUAUGUAUAACCUCACUGUCAUUGCGAAGGACCAUGGCACACCACAGCUCUCCGCCAGAACAAACAUCCUUGUGCUAGUUUCAGAUAUGAAUGACAAUCCCCCUGAGUUUGCAAGUCACACAUACUACACAACAGUGACAGAGAGUGCAACCAUAGGAUCUGAAAUCGUCAGAGUCUUGGCCACGUCACGUGAUUCAGGAAAGAAUGCUGAAAUAACGUACUCUAUCAUUGGUGGCAACGAACACCGCAAGUUUACCAUCAACUCGAAGACAGGCGUUGUGUCAGUACUGGACCCUCUAGACUACGAGAGAGCCCACAACUACCAGCUGACCGUUCAGGCUACAGAUGGUGGAGAACCUCCUCUCUCCAACCACGCUACCGUCAACGUCACCAUCACAGACAUCAAUGACAAUGAGCCCAUAUUCCUACAGAAUUCCUAUUCGGCCAUAGUCAACGAGGCUGCUCUGAAUCGAGAGAGACUCAUCCAGGUCAUUGCAACAGACUUAGACAGUGAAUCUAAUGGCAAGAUCAGCUACGCCAUAGCAAAUGGAGACCCCAAGAAGCAAUUCCAGAUUGAUCCUCAGUCUGGACACGUGUCUGUAGCUGGACCGCUUGACAGGGAGACUGUGUCAUCCUACAACUUAGAGGUGAUUGCCCUGGAUCAUGGCAUUCCUCAGCGGUCCGGCUCAGUCAUGCUGAACAUCGAGGUCAGCGACGCCAAUGACAAUCCUCCUGUGUUUGUUGAGACCAACCAUACUGCUUAUGUUCAGGAGGACAAGCCAGUCAACCAUCUGGUCUUCAAGUUCGACAUCAUUGACAAUGAUGACGAAGCCUCUGGUAAUGGCAGGCCUUUCACCUUUGAGAUUCGGAAUGGGAAUGAAAACAAUGAAUUCCGGAUGACUCAGGAUGGACACCUGCGCACCGCUACGAAGUUCAACCACAUGGUCAAGGCAGACUACCAUUUGCUCAUCAGGGUGUAUGACAAUGGGCGUCCCCCACUCUUUGCAGAGACAUGGAUUGACGUCAAGAUCAUUGAAGAGUCUCGUUACCCUCCGAUGGUACUCCCACUCUACGUGACAGUAUUUGUACACACAGGAGACUACUUUGGGGGUGUCCUUGGCAAAAUCAAAGCUGCAGAUGAGGACCCAUAUGACACACUCACGUACUCUGUUAUAUCCAGCCACAACGGAGGAACCUCAAGGUACUUCUCCAUUGACCCCCGUGACGGCACUCUGUCUUCUGUGGGCGGUUUGGAUGAGGGAUCCUACACCGUCAAUAUUUCAGUAACAGAUGGGAAGUUCACAACCAUUGGCCAAGCGGAGACUGAUGUUAUCAAUAUUAGCGAUGAAAUGGUAGAGAAUGCUGUCAUUGUGCAGCUGGGAGGGGCAACUGCAGAGGAGUUCCUUCUGUCCUACAAGCGCAGUUUCCACAGAGGUAUCAAGAACCUCAUGAAUGUAAAGUCGAGGGACGUCAUCAUCCUCAGUCUCCAAAACAGCCACACGAGAACGAGACGAGACGGCAAGAAGAAAGUGAGCAAGGGAAAAUACGGAACUGCAGCUGAUCUUGAUGUCUUAUUUGCUGUAAGGAAGAAUGGAGGUGCUUUCUACCCGAGGAGUCUGGUUCGUAAGAAGGUCACCUCUGGUCAGCAGACACUGGAAUCGGUGCUGGGACUGCAGGUGGUAGGUGUGGUGGAAGACGAGUGCACGGAAGAUACCUGCGAGAAUGGUGAGUGCAGGGAACAAGUGGUGCUGGAUGACAGUCAGGUUGCCAUUGUGACAGAUACUAAGAGCUAUGUAUCUCUGCACCACCGCCAUGAGUCAAAGUGUGUCUGCCCCAUUGGCUUCUCUGGUGCCCGCUGUGAGAUCAUCAUUAACGAGUGUGCACACAACCCAUGCCCCUCGUUCAAGAUAUGUGAACCAGAUAGUUCAAGACUUGGAUAUAUGUGUGUCUGCCCAGAAGGUUUGGUUGGGGCCACAUGCAGCUUGAACAAGACCAGCUGCAUAGGGAGAGACACCAACCCGGAAUGUUACUCUCCUGUCUCCCCGUUGUCAUUCCGAGGCAAAAGCUACGCACAGUAUUCCCUCAGGAACCCAAUUGAACGACACUUCGCCUUCUCUCUCUGGUUCCGCACGCUGCAUCCAUCAGGGAAUUUGAUGUUCACUGCUGGAAGAAUUGAUUAUAGCAUCCUAGAGCUUGAGGACGGGGAAGUCAGAUACAGGUGGGACUUGGGGAGUGGGGAAGGCCUUGUGACUGUAUCCUCUGUUCGAGUGGAUGACGGGCAGUGGCACCACGUCGAUUUAGAACGGUUUGGCAGCACAGCGGAAGUGAAGGUUGAUGGCAAUUUCAUGGAAAAAGGAACCUCCCCUGGUUCAUCCGACCUUCUCAAUCUUGAAACCCCACACCUGUACCUUGGAGCAGAAGUGAGACCGUGGGCAGGAGCCCAGGACCCACGGCAAGGGAUGGUUGGCUGCAUUGAUGACCCUAGAUUGGAUGAUACCCCCUUACCUCUGACUCAUCAGGCAACCACCAAGGUGGCAUCACUCACCCGCCUGGCCCAUGUGGUGCAACACUGCCAGUCUGAGUUACAGCCACCAGGUGUCUGUGGUGCUCACCCCUGUCUUAAUGGUGGCACUUGCGAAGAACGCGGUGCAUCGUUCAUUUGCCAGUGCCAUCCUCGCUUCCUUGGGUCACGUUGCGAGCUGGACUCCAAUCCUUGUGCUUCCUCACCUUGUUUAAACAAUGGCCACUGUGUCAACAUUGAAAACACUUACAGAUGUGAAUGUCCAGCUCGUGUGUCAGGCCCUCGCUGCCAGUACAUGUAUUGCAACCCUAAUCCUUGUCUGAAUAGAGGAACUUGUGAGGAGGGUAUUUCUGGCCCAAUAUGCAAGUGCCAUGGGUUCACUGGAGCCUACUGUAAUAUUGACAUCAAUGAAUGUGCCAAGAACCCCUGUCAGAAUGGCGGCAGUUGCAUCAACACGUAUGGGAGCUUCCGGUGCAUGUGUCCAGGAAAUACUACAGGGCCCUACUGUGCUGUUCCAGUCGGUACACUGAUCAAUAUUAAAAUGGAGGAGAUCAUCUACAUAGUCAUUGGCAUAGUAUCAGUCAUCAUUCUUGGCCUGAUCAUCGUCUUGGCAAUGCACUGCCGAGAGAGGAGAGCUGCUCGCAGAAGACAGUUGAUAGAGCAGACAAACCAUGUUAUCCUGAAACCAAAAAAUACAGACAAUCAUAACAUCUAUAAGAGAAAUUCUAAGAUGAGCAAUCUGGAAGCCUCACAGAAUCCGCACGGUUGCACGCCUCGCCCCGACUCCUACCCCACUAGUCCUAGUGAACCUGCGUACAUGCCGCUAAACAACUUUGACACCAUCCGUAGCUACGGCUCAGCUGGGGAUGAGCUAGAGAACCUUCCACAGUACUCCCGGGACUUUGUUCAAAACAUAUCCAAGCCCAACAGCCUCCACCAUCACCACCACCUCCACACCCCCCAGAUUAACCCUCUUGGGACCCCCCGGGGCUCCACCCUGGGCUCCACCCUGGGCUCCACCCUGGGCUCACCGGGAUCCACUUUGGCAGCAGAUACAGACAGUUUGCAUAAGCCGUGGAAGGAUGCACUUGCACAUAAUCUGAAGGACACCUACUAUGAGAAUGCCAAGAUCCAAAAUGAUGUAAAGUUCCGUCAGGGUGAGUACAUGAGCCUCAAGAAACUAAGUGUUGAUGGCAGCACCAGGGAUGAUGCUAGUGUGCGGUCUGGGGCCUCAAUGGACGAUCUGCCAGGCUACCAUUGGGAUUGCUCGGAUUGGGCGCGACCCUCCCAGAACCCACUUCCCAACAUCAUGGAAGUUCCCGGAGGAGAAGUGAGAGAUUCCUCCUCAUACCAUUCCAAUGAGUCUAACGAAUCUAUAGUAGUGAAGCCAGCAGAAAAUCAGCCUUUGAUGCCCCCAGUGGAGGGCCCAGUAGAUCCUGGUAGAGAUAUGGAGACCUUGCCAGCAGAUGAGCUUGUAAGUGAGUGUGGUACUGAAUUCGAGCUUGAGUCCCGACCUGACCUAGAUACCUCACAGUUACUCGACCCCAAUUCUGACGCAGGGGCCGAGUCUGACACUUCACUCUUCAUUCCCCAACCUCAAAGAUACGAAACUCACCCGAACCAGUAUCUCCCACGCUACCAAGUGGGAAGCGAAACGGAAACCGACGACGAAAGGGGGAAGUUGCUGAACACACUUGAUGAUCCCUACAGUGUAGUCUACAGGCCUCCACCAAUCAACCAUCUCCCAGAGGACCGCGAUGGUGCCACGUACUCUCCUUACAGAGUCCGGAGCAAUCGCAGGCAUGACACCGUUAAACGCUUUAGUGAAUUUGGAGCAGAUAUAUCCGUGAUUUCUGGCAUGGAAGACGAAGAGGAAGGAGCCUCCCUGUGGGGUGGUGCAGCAUCCAAUACCUCUGCAUCUGACCUGGACAAUGUCUGUGAUAUUGAGGACUCAGAAGUCAACUCGGAGUUUGAGAAUGACGACAAAAUUAAGAAAUAGAUUUGAUGGAUGGAGAAUAGAUUUUUAAAAAAACAAAACGGAGGAAAAAAAUAAAUAAAUCCAAGUGAAAGCGCACAAAUAGUUUAAACCAAGGAAAGGUGUACAGGUGUCUUUAAAAAGUACUUUUAGGAAUAUUACUGAAAAAAUGGAAAAUAAAAGGAUAUUUUAGGACAAUGGUAUUCUCAUUAGUGUCUGUGGAAAUGUGUAAAGUGGAUUCUUUUGUGAAUUACAGCUGCCAUUUCUUAGUGCCUGUAAGCUGACUAAGGUUACAUAGGGAUUCCUUUUAAGUGUUAUGUAUAUCUUCCAGUGUGCCUAAAAUCCAAGGUUUUCAAUGAUACAUGAGGACAUAGAAAAGGUUCCAGAUAUUUUCUGAAGUGAACCUGAAUUUUGAUUUCCUUGGGCAAAGUGCCAAUUUCUAUCAAAGUUUCCAAAAGAGAAAAUCUAGACAAGUGUGUGGUAUAGAUGCAUUAUACUUUAGUCAAUAGCACUGGAGAUGAUAGAAGUUUGUCUGCGAACAAGUGACAAGAUGUCUCCCUUGAUUAUUUAGAUUCUCAAGGCUAUUGGUGCUACUCUGAACUGCGCGACUCAUGCCAGCAGAUGGAUCAGUCUGCUAGUACUUAGAAGUCGCCUGUGUAAAACAGUGACUGUAAAUAAGUACUGUAAAUAAAAAAAAAAAAAAGUGGUCAUUGUAAAUAAUUUCCAAAAUGUGUUCCACAGAAUGUUUAUAUUUUUUCCAGUGUGAACUGACAGGGUUAGAUUCUUCAGGUAAGGUGUAAAGCUGCCUGUGAAGAUUCUUGGUAACUAACCAGUCGCAGAUUGGGCUGAAUGACUGACUAGUCCAUGUUAGAAAUAGGUAAUAUGUAAUGCAUUUUUUGCAUUUCAUUGUAUCAUUAUUGGUACUACAUUUUGGUAUUUUAGAUUCAUUUAUAUGUCUCAUUUUAUCACUGACUCCUUAUUUCAUUAUUCAUAGGACGAUAGAUUAAAAUAUGAUUUGUAUUUACACAAAGUCAUCAGAGAUUUUUCUUUUCUUACUGUGACGUAUGUGAAAUGUUUAGAAACUAUUGAUUGUAUUUAUUUUAAUAGAACUGAUUGCAUUUAAAAUGGAAGACUUCCCUCCUGUUUAAGGUGGCAGUUUCUUGUGUCCUUAAGUGUCCUUGUGCAAAGAGCAUAGGAGAGAGUUGGUGUUGUGGCCGGGCAGUGCCGGAUGCCCGUCUAGCCGGAGUGGGGUUUGUCCUGCAGUUGCCAUGAUGACCUGGAAUGAUGCUUGUUGCUAAACUUGAUUAACAUGAAUUGAGCAGCUUUUAUAUAUAUACAUACAUAUAUAUAUAUAUAUAUAUAUAAACUUUUUAAAAUAUUACUUCAGUAAUUUUUAUGUAUUUUAUUGACAAUGAUAUAUUAAUUAAUCCAAUCAAGCAUAGACAAUUCUCCAAAACUGCUUCCCAAAACAGGCUUCCUCCAUAACCAAGGAACGUUUUUGUAAACAUGAUUGAAUAUUCAAAUUACUUGUACGUUGGAACUGGAGAUGUAAGUUCACCUCUUUUAUUUACUCAGUUUGACAUGUGACAUGAUCAGUAAAACAAGUUUUUUUUUAAUGUUAUCCAUAUUAAUCUUACUAUUUUUUCUGGAACUAACAAAGAAAUCCCCAUUUAUUAUAAUAUCGAAGGACUGAUUACUGACCAUGUCAUGAACAUUGUGCUUUGCAAUCCUACCAGCUGUCAUAUCCUCUGUACCAUUCCGUUCCUGAUAGGUUAUUGUACUAACCGAAGUACUUGUGAUAAUAGCUAUACUCUGUAGAGGAGGGAUUCAUAUUUUUAAUGUGAACUAAUACAGGAGUAACGGUUAUAUUAAAACAGUUUUAUGAAUAAUUGUAUGGUUGCUUUGGCAGCUAUUGUUUUAUACAGAUUUUGUAAAUAAACUUGUAAUAACUU